UUUUUUUUAUUAAAACAUAAUUCAUUGAUUUCCCUUCAUCUAAUAUGAAUAUCUAAAUAUUGGGGAUAUCAUUUGAUCUUGUUUUCUGGUAUUACGCUGUAUAAUUAAUUCAUAACAAACAAGAAGUAAGAGUUAUUGGAAAAAAGAUAGUGCUGAUUGGGAAAAAAUGCAUGUCGAAAUAUUAUUAAUGCUCACGGAUAGCUAUUGAAUAUUAGAUCAUUUUCUUACAUUUUGGACUUAACAAUUGGUUAGAUAUAUAGCAAAAAGAUCACUGAUAGCCUUGAUGAGAUAAUAUUUUGGCGCCAAUACAAUGCACAAUAUUCCGAAAGCGGAACUUUGCCAUUAUUAAAACCGCAUAUAUAGUGAAGCCAAAGAUAUGGAAUUUAUUAAAAGGUAACCCAAUUAAUCAACACUUCAAAAUCCAAUAGUGAGAAAAAAAAUAUAUCGUGGAAGUAAAGAAAAACGACAUGUGCAACUAAAUCACCUACAUAUUGCUCUCUUCUUUUGGAAGCCCCAAUACCAGAAUAAGAAAAAAAAGAAGAAAUAAAAAACAAGAGAAAACCCUGACCUGUCUCAAUAAUCAUACAAGAGAUACACAUUACCAUCAGACACCUUCGCUUGCAGUGAAAAUAUAUGGAAGAAAAACCACAAUAUACCCAGACAAUCGGUAUGGAAGGAGCAAUCACGCAAGAUAUACCAAAUCCCCUCCAAACAAUUCCACCACAACACUUUUCCAAUACCCUACCAAAGAAACUCUCCAAAGCACAGUGGCGGCUCAACGGUAGGGGAAUUUCAAACAGACGAAGAGUGAUCUUCAUUAUUGUAACUUGUUGAGAGUCUCAAACUGUGGAGAUCUCUUUGGUGGAUUGUUGAUUUUUAUUUUCUUCUUCUUCUCCUAUUAACUCCUUCACGCGGCAGAGACCAAAAGUCUAUGAGACAAACGAUGGAUUGCAACUUCCAUCUCUCUUGGAAAUUUCUGUUAACGGUUUAGUGAGUAGCAGCUGCAAAACGACCUUACAGACUUUCAUUCUUUAAUCCACAUUGUCAGUUAACAAGAUAUUACCGUGGAAGACGCAGCGUUUCCGCAAAUGCUUAAAAUUUACGCGAGCACUCUACUAAAUUGCAAUCUUCUGUGAUCUUGUGCUACUAACAACAUACCACUGUGCAGAUACCCCUAUAGGGCUCAUAGGGCUCAAGUCUAAAUUUUUUUCAUUAGAAUCUCAGUGUGUGAUAGUGUUUAACAGACUCAAAAGAACCUGCAGAAAGUUUACUGAAAAUAAAAUUUGCAGUUCUUAAACGCCAACAACAGCAAAAAAUCCUAAUUAAAUGCCAUGUGGUGAAUUGAAGUCUUAAGUACUUAAGUAAAAAAAAACAACAGACAAAAACAAUUUUAACCCCGUAUUUAAGAUCCCAUUGUCAGUGGAAUUGUGCAUUUUUGUCUUUAAAUUGUUACCACAUUCAACACAGUUUUUCCUCUCGUGAACAAUUUCUUACCACGAGAUUCUGUGCAUGUGAGAAAAAAGUGAUUUUGAAAAUGAAUUUCUCAACAAUUACACUUUACGUUUUCCUAGCCUUAGCAACUUGCGUCAUAUCCACAAAUGCCAUCGCAGUGUCACAUCUUGGGGAAGUUGAGGGUGAUAGUGAAUAUUUUUCUGCCAAUCAAACAGAUCGACAGAGACGUCUUAUUCCCUACAUGACCUUCUACAUUCCCACCACCUCAAAUGAUUACCAUACACCACCACCGCCUAAUCAACAAUACGCCCUAAUGCCUUUGCAAAAAAUCCAACAGAUGAAACACAUAUUGGCCAUCGUGAAGCAGCAGCCACAGGGACAAAUGCUGCCGUCGACGGGUCCCACGGGUGGUACAGCACCAUCCCAACCACAUCGACCAAUGCCGUUCAGUAAUCCCCCGAAAUAUCAUCAAAAUUACCAGGAGCAACGGCCACAAUUAACACUCCUCUAUAACAUUCGAAAUCCAGCAUCAACAGCAAAACACCACCAACAACCACAUCAAUAUAUGACGAUGACUCACCAGAAUUACCACAAUUCUGAGAAUCAGUACAAACCCCAACCGCAGCCACAGAAGACGAAAAUUACACCAUUUUUGCCAUCAAAUAAAUUACCCGGCUACUUUACGCCAAUAAUCGCAAAUUCACAGGGAAAAAAUACCAAAAAUUUCAAUUCCGAUCCAAUUGUAACAUUUACCGUGCCACCACAAUUGAAUCAAUUUCCCACAACAACACUCAGACCAAUCUACUCGUCGGGUGAGGAACAGGAGCGUCAGAAGUACGUGACUUUCCUCUCGCCAGAGAAUCUCUAUACAGUGAUAAAAUCCACUGCAUCGCCCAGUCUCACGACGCCGGCAAUCAAUUACCACGAUGAAAAUGAUUUGGACACGAGAGAUGGUCCAUUUUCUCAGGAGCAGCACCGUCCAUCCCAAACCUACCCCACAGAAUCACCCAUCGUCAAGCAGAAUAUCGUCUACAUCUCACAGCAGAAGCCCAAACAGCACCUCGUCACUCACAAGGGCAAUUACGGUGGAUUUAUACCAGUGGCAGUUGGUUCAACCUCCACAACACCCCAUCCACUAUCCACACCCACGCCAACUGUACACAUUCCACCAAGUGGAAAGACAUUCCUCAAAACCACCAAAGCAACUUUCAUCCAUGAUCCACCAUCAGCACCGUCAGGGCACGCUCAGGACUACGAUAUAUCGAGUACCCAAACACCACCAAGGCAACAUCUCACAGAGACCACACAACUCCAGCCGCCCCAUCUCACCACAUACCAUCCCACAUUUAUCCGUCAGAAAUAUCCCGAACCCAAAAAGAUCUAUGAUUCCUACCAUCAGGAACGCUACAUGGCCAGUUCACCAGCACCACCCAGACUUCCCAUUCGCACCACUGCUCGACCAGUCAUCACCAAAAAUGACUUCCAGUCCAAAUCUCUUGCAGAACUACUCAAAAAACUCCAAGAGAGCAAUCAACUGCCACAGACCCUCACAUCAGACAACAUUGACAAUUCUAUAAGGACUCUCAUCAAAAUCCUCAACAAUCUCAAGCAAGAACAAAAUGUUGCCGUGGAGCCGGCUCAACAUCAUCAGCCUGAUGAUCAAGAGGACUACGAUGAUGAUUACAAUGAGGAACCGAGACCAGAAGACGAAGAACUUGUUGGACCCAAUUCCGGACGUCCUGGCAUUGAUUUUCCCAAUCUCUCAGAAAUUCCUCAGACCAGUUUCAGUUGCAAAGAGCAACGCUACAAAGGGUUCUUCGGUGAUCCAGAGACAAAUUGUCAAGUUUGGCACUACUGUGACCUAAAUGGAGGCCAAGCAUCUUUUCUCUGUCCCAAUGGAACGAUUUUCAGUCAGGUCGCUCUCACGUGUGACUGGUGGUUCAAUGUCAAGUGCUCAACAACACCACAGCUCUAUGUGCUGAAUGAAAGGCUCUACAAGUACAUUCUGCCAUUUACACCCAAGUUCCCUGAAGAUUAUAGUGGACCACUUGUUGAUAAAUACUUGGCAAUAAAAUUCCAAGAGAUGGAGGAUAAAAUGCGAAAGCAGAAACAGAAGGGAAAACAACCGAGUGAAACAGAUGCUGACUCAAUAACGGGCAGUGAGGAUUCAAUGGAUUCAGACACAGACACUGGCACAAUGGAUACAUCGUCGGAAAAUGAGACAGAGGAUGAGAAUCACCAACCAAUUCCAUACACAAGCACAAUCAUUGCAACUAAACCCACCCCAGCCACAGUCACAAUUAUUCCCGCCCCCCACAAGAUGCGCACAAUUGUGGAGAGUGAGAGAGCUGAAGUGGUGGAAAUUAAAUCUGAUGGCAGUUCCGGGCAUCUUCUACCCUCACACGCCUAUCAAUAGAGGCAUUCCCACCUUUCAUCACCUCUUUUAGUUGUUUAGAAUUUUAUCGAGAGACCAUCGCCACAUCUCUCAAGAAAAAAAACUACCUUAAUUUAUUGCUCUUUUAUCGCGCUCUUUCUACCUUCUUUCAUUAUUUUGUAACACUCUUUAGAACAUGUUAAAUGAUUUAUUCGAUAAUAAUUGUGUUUAAAACAAGAACAAAAAAAACUUUGGAGGAAAAUGUCUUCCUCGGAGGCCGGAGGUGCAUUAAAAAAUUCUUGCAAUUCUAGUCAAGUUUAUGAUUUUUUUUUGGACGUGAAGAAUGUAUUUUUUAUUAAAAAUGAAAAUGUUUUAGAGUGUAAGAAGUGUUUUUAAGGAUAUUGAGAAGAAAAUACUAUUUUAAAAUAAGAUUGUGAAAGUGUUAAAAAAUUUUCUGAAUAUCCAAACAUAAAAGUUCUGGUGAAAAUUGGAGUUCUUUUCGAAAGUCCCUUACAAUGACGUAAUUUUUUUUAGUUCGUAUUUUGCUAGAAAGUACUAUUAAACUUCCUAAGUCCCGCCCAAAAAAGUGUUUUAAACCACGCCCCUUUCAGGAGUUAUGGUCAAAUAAACUUGAAAAUGUUGUAAUGUUGGAAUAUUUAAUAUAAAUCAUUGUGAUUCCGAUAAACGACUCUCUCAAAGAAAUUUGUGGGCGGGGACUAAAAGGACCAUAUCCCUUAUUGAAGAUCAUGCCCCUUAGGGGGAAGUGGGGCAGCUUUGAAAGUGGGGUACCUUUGAAAUUGGGAUUUUUCAUCUAUUUUUAAAUAAAAUUGAGCCUUAUCGUGAUAUAAUUUAGCUACAUAAACAGAUUGAGAAACUAAAUUACAUUAAGAAAUGGCUCAAUUCCACUUAAACACAGGAGAAAAAUCCCAGAAGAUGCCCCACUUUCAAAUGUGCCCCACUUCCCCCUAUUGAAGUUACUAAGCAUUAAAAAAAAAUAAAAAUAUUUUGUGAAGAGGAAAAGUAAAUUGGAUAUUGGGAGAGAAUGAAAAAAAACUCUAUGAAGCCACGCUUCUUCACAUUACUGCGCCCAUUUUCUCAGAUUUUCCCAUCCCAAACAAAUUUUGCUCGAAGUAAUAGAUAUUAAGCAACAUAUAACUUGACUUUAAUUUAUACACAAACGAAAAACAAGUAACUAUUGAGCCGUUAUUUAUCUUUAGUCGAGACACUUUUGGAUAAGAAAUGAGAAAGGAAACUAUGGCUGUGAACAGUUUCAUUGGAAGUUGUUGACUUACAGUAUCCAAAAAUGAAAAAUUGUAGGAUUCAUUUGUCGUUUUUGGCUUAUCCAAUUUUCAGACAAAUCAAUGGUUUCCAUUGAGCCCAAACAGAAGUAGAUUUUGAUUCUCCAAUAGUGUCUUGGAUAAAAGGUAAAUGGAACUCUAUUUGCACAAAAAGACAUUGACGUUCGAAGAAUUCAAAUUCAAUUUCGAAUUUUCAUACUAAAUUUUCGAACAAUGUGGGGAAAAUUUAUCAAAUAUCACACUAAAAAGCUGGAAAAAGAGUUACUCAGUGAUUAUGUAGUGAUGUAGUAAUGGGACAAGAACAAUAAGCGUAGUUGUUCUGUUUUAUUUCUCACAAUAAUA